CUUGGGGUUGCAGUCGGCUCGAGCGGCGGGAAGUUCGUACUGGGCGGAAGGUGGAGUCUGCGUCCUCGCCAGGAUGCCGCGCGUGAAAGCAGCAGCAGCAGCUAGGAAAGCAGGCCCAACCAAGAGACGGCUGGCAGAGCGGUUCCCCGCAGGCGAGGUGGUCACCGACAUGGCCAAGAAGCAGUGGAAGCUGGGGCUGCCUGUCGGCCAGGGCGGCUUUGGCUGCAUCUAUCUCGCUGAUAAGAAUUCUUCAAAGUCUGUCAGCACGGAUGCCCCCUGUGUUGUGAAAGUGGAACCCAGCGACAACGGGCCUCUCUUCACUGAAUUGAAGUUCUACCAGCGAGCCGCCAAACCUGAGCAAAUUCAGAAAUGGAUCUGCGCCCGGAAACUGCAGUACCUUGGCGUCCCUAAGUAUUGGGGCUCUGGCCUCCAUGAUAAAAAUGGACAAAGUUACAGGUUCAUGGUCAUGGAUCGCUUAGGGAGUGACCUUCAGAAGAUCUACGAGGCCAGUGCCAAGAGGUUUUCUCGGAAAACUGUCCUGCAACUGAGCUUGAAAAUUCUGGACGUCCUGGAGUACAUCCACGAGCACGAGUAUGCCCACGGGGACAUCAAGGCCGCCAACCUCCUCCUGAGCUGCACGCAUCCCGACCAGGUGUAUCUGGUGGAUUACGGCCUUGCCUAUCGCUACUGCCCAGAAGGGAUUCAUAAAGAAUACAAGGAGGACCCCAAGAGGCGCCACGAUGGCACCAUGGAGUUCACCAGCAUCGACGCCCACAACGGCGUGGCUCCGUCAAGACGAGGGGACUUGGAGAUCCUCGGUUACUGCAUGAUCCAGUGGCUCAGUGGCCAUCUCCCGUGGGAGGAUAAUUUGAAAGAUGCUAACUAUGUCAGAGACUCCAAAAUUAGAUACAGAGAAAACAUCGCAAGUUUAAUGGACACAUGUUUUCCUGAGAAAAACAAGCCAGAUGAGAUUGCCAAGUACCUGGAGACGGUGAAGGUCCUGGGCUAUGCCGAGAAGCCCUCCUACCAGAGCUUCCGCGACAUCCUCCUGCAGGGCCUGUGCGCCAUGGGCAGCAAAGACGACGGCCGGCUCGGCCUCAGCCUCGUGGAGAACGGGGCCUUGAAGGCGAAGGCCAGAACCAAGCGGAAAAGAGAAGUGCCGGGAAUCACGGGCGGCAGUCUUGACGACACGACCUGCUCCAGCACCAAGACGGACGAGACUCCCCAAGGCCGUUGUUUGCGGACCAGAAAGAGGGUCCGGAAGUAAGCUCGAAACUGCUCCUCCCCUCCCAGGCCCCUCCCUCCGCUGGACUGCCCUUUGUGCUGUUUAAGUGUCUCCUUUUCCUGUGAGUCUUAUGAGGGGGCGGGGUGGGGUGUGACAAUUAAAUAGGUCUUUGAAAAGCAUCUGUAAACUUUUUUUUUAUUAAAAUAAAUACUCUGCCAGUUU